CCCUGACACGAGAAGAGUCCCGUCCAUGGACACUGACAGGCAGGUCACCACGUUCCUGAAGUGAAGCACACGGGUCAGAACCAGCACCUGCGAGAAUCAUUGACCUGCGUUUUAAACGACAUGAUGACCUCACCUGUGUCCUUUAAAUGUCCGGUUCCCGUCAGCAUCGCACUGGAAGGAUUUGUCUCGUGUGAUACCCUGUGACAGUGUCAAAUUUUUGCCAACAUUCACACCAUACUUUGGACUUGCUUGCAAUCCAAGUCAUCAUUUUAAAAUUGUCAUUUAAAUGAACUAAAAAAAAUUAAAAAAAAAACUUACCUGAGUGCACAGAGACACCUGGAAGAUGUUCCCAUCACUGCCGCCACAGAACAGAAAGUACUCGCACGGGUCAAGGGUCACAGACAUGAUUUCCACAUCAAAGAGGACAGAGAGGAGCAGCUCACCUGAAGACACCUCCCACAGCUGGACACACACACAAAAUGCUAACCUGGAAGGCUCAACAGACUAUAUUGCUGAAGUCAUCUGACCUUGACAGUUUGGUCCAAAGACGCUGUAGCAACUCGGGCCUGAGGUCCCAUCAUGCCACAGUGGAGAUCUGUAAUUGGCAGAGAGUGGCGUGAUAGGAUGUGACGUGGCUCGGGGGCAUGGCUUAAGUCCACCUGGACCACACUACAACACAAAAAGUUGGAAUGGAGUUUGGGUGAAAGGUUUUGGUCAGAAAACUGGAGUUGGAUUUCUUAAGACUGUUUCAAAAACACACAUUACCUGCUCAGACUCCACACCAGAACAACGCUGUCCUUUCCUCCAGACACAAAAUGGCUGCUAUCAUCGGUGAACUUGACACAGGUGACAUCCUGAUAGUGACGAGUGACAACGGAAAGCAACUUGCCUGUGGACACCUGACCAAUCACAGGAAAGCACAACAGUGUCAACACAAAUGUCUAAUUGGUUGGGAAUCUUAAUCACUGGAUUGCCAUCUUCAGGAUUCUUCUUGUUCAUUGCGGGACCCACAACCUGCAACCAGUGGUUACAUAACUCAACUUUCUGUCAAGAUGGCGUCUCACCUCCCACAAGUAAACUGCCUCGGCCACACCAGCUGCCAAAAAGAGUCCGUCGGCUGAGGCGCUCACACACGUGACAACACCUGGACACACAAUCUUCUGUUGUAGCUGGUCCUACAAGUCAACAUCAAACAUCAGGAAGUCACACAUAGACAUAGCCAACAAGAAGUAGUGCACUUGUCGCUGAGGGGCGUUAUUCAAGUAAUACAAAAUACUCAGAAAUGUGCACAAUCAAUGUAAACAAAGGUUUGGGCAUGCGUACUAAAUUUCCCGCCGGUGGAGUAGGAAGAAAAUAAAGAGCUUCACACGAGUAUAAAGUUCGGCCCAUUGGAUCACAGGUGCACACUUUUUAUGUAUUUUCCCUGCCUUCAUUUGUGCGCGUUAAAAAAAACGGACUGUUAUCUUGAUGACCUGUACCUUCCUCUGGAUCUCCCACACGUUAAUGAAGUUCUUGCCCAAUUGGGCCGACACCAGGUAUUCGCCGUUUAGGACGCAGAGUGUCCGGGCAGAGCUGUUCCCUCCACGGUAGGACAGCAGGCUGGACCCGCUGUGCAAGUCGAACACGGUGCUGUUCCACAGCUGCGAGCUCGUAUCGCUGCUCAGAACCACCUCCAAUGGCGCCGCCAUCUUGGCUUGCCUCAGCAACAAGCCGCACGCGCAGAAACUAGGGAUGAUGGUAUUGUCUCCCCUCCCCCCUGUCGAUGUGUGUCUGUGAGACUGGUUGCCACGGCAGCAGCAGUGCCAGGAAGAAACUCAGAUGAAGCGAGGCCGUAUCCCGUUGAGAGCCAACCACGACCUGCUGACCCCGGACGCACACGCAGUUGCCAAACUCGGUCCAGUUCUCCAGCUGAGGUCAGAGAGUGUGGCUGUGUUGUCCAGUGACCAGAGUGACCCAUCCAAGUUGAUGAGGUCGUGUCCGGCAAGUCACCGUCUACGUUUUGAAGAUGAGACCGAGGCUGAGGCCGACUCCCGUUACCUGGACCGGCAGAGACAACGUACAAGCCAUGGAGUCGCAGGCAUCCUGGUCUGCAAGCCCAAACUCAGCCUGCAUGUCAACAGCAGGCCGCACGCGGGGCUUGAGGCCAAUGGAGCAACGGGAGCGAGGGCAGUUUUAUUGGGGGUCAAGCAGAUCCAGAGCCCAUACAGACUGGACCUGUGGACCGAGCCAAUCAAAGAAACUCACAUUGGUUUGGUCACGCCCCCUGACAUCUGCAGAAGAGGAGAUGUUGCGACCGGACGACUCAGCGUACGGACAGGAAGAACUGAUCAGAUGCAAGCCAGUGGAAACCGAGCCCCUCUCAAGGCCACACCCACCAAAGAACUGCCGUUAAAUCCCUAUUCCCCUGAGCAGCUGCCCUCAGGCCAAAUUCUGAAGCAGGACCAUGAGGAGCCUCGGGGAGAGGUCCAGGAGAAGAAUCUUUGUCUAGAUCCCAGUAGCCACAAGUCAUCCACAUCUCAGACAGCAGUGAACAAACAAAGGCGGCUUCCCUCAGGGAACACCAAUGAUGGACAGGUCAGAGAGCCAAUGGGGGAAGAGCUCCAUCUUCCUCAGCCAUUCGGCUACAGACAGCAGUCCACUCGUCUGUCUCUGCGUCGUCUCUUCUCCAGCGUUGCUUCAUGCAGGGCCCGAACCGGCAGCCUGGACCGCCUCACUGCGCAGCCUCGACCCACUUCUGACCCCGCCCCGAACCGGUACCCGCACCAACGGAUGCCGGGGUCGCCCUCCUUACACUUGAGGAAGUGAUAUGCUUCAACAGCUUCUUUCGUGCUGUCACCUCAACAUCAAAACCUGUUGGGAGUUCUGUUAGUCGUGCUCAUUAUGCAAGAAAGAUAUGGGUGGACCUGUUGCUCGGCUCACGUGACUCGGCCAAUCGGCUUCUUGCACACAAGACUGGUCAAGACAAUAGAGCUGACCUUCGUUUAAUUUGUAAAUGACUUCACUGCACGAAUAAAAAAAAGGCAUUUUA